AUGUGUUGUGAUUUCAGGUGUAACAACUCUACUGACGAUGACAACCCAGGAAAGCCAUCUUCGUUUUACCUUUAUAAUUACGCGAUUGAUGUGUGGAUCGGUGUUUGUUUGGCUUUUAUCUUUGGCGCGUUGCUGGAGUUUGCGCUGGUCAACUAUGCAGCACGCAAGGAUAUGACCAGUUGCGGCCAACGAAUGAUGAAGCAACUGCCUCAUGAUGGCUAUCGGCCGUUGCCGGGAGCACAGCCGCGUAACGUUUUCUGCUGUCGAAUCUUCGUACGACGUUACAAAGAACGAUCUAAACGAAUUGAUGUCGUCUCUCGUCUGGUAACAUCAAGAAAUCUAGUUUGGCGGGGAUGUGCGCGGCAAAGCCAAUUUGCCCACUCUUAA